UCUGGCUCAAUCAACACAACUGUCAGCAGUGAGAGUUGAUACGUAAGCCUGGCAAGUGCUGGACAGGACUAAGAGUAAGGGAUUUAUUACAUGUCGGAUUACUUCAGAGCAGGACAGCUUUGUCUUUGCUUCUUCUGCGAUCACUUACUAUCUAUAUUUGCAGAAGUGCUGCUAGUGCUUUUUGGAAGCCAGCUGCCUUUAAAUAGGAUAUUCAUUUAGAGAAGCAACAAGCUGUCAGUGGGGAGUCCUGACGAUCUGUCACAGCUCAGUGGCUAUAAGAACACCCAGCCAGUGCCUCUGAUGAGCUAAUCUAGCGGUCAGCGUGGUGACGAGAGCCCCGGCUGAGAGAUGGCCUUCUUCAAGAGCUUCCAGCAGAACCUCCCAUCUGUCAACAUUUCCUCCAUCUUGGACUCGGUUACCAGUCGCGUGGACGACUUGGCCAACACUGUCAGCGAUGUCACUUACGCUGUCAGCGACCAGCUGACCGAGCAGGUCACCACGAUCAUCAACAAGGUGCAAGAGGAGGAAGAUGGGGAAAACAGAGGCAGCAGGGGGCAGGAGUCUGGUCAGACUUCAGCAGCACAGGAGGGAAAGGCCAGCGCCAAAAGCAUGUGGCAAAUGUCUAGAGACUCUGAAACAAGUACCACAGUUUCAAAAAACAACCAAAGCAGUGAUUCAACAGAGGCAGAGUACGCUCCGAGCCAGCUGGAGUGGGAAUGGCGGGAUGGAUGCUGGCGAGUUAAAAAGACAGAAGCUGAGUUAGCAGAGGAAGAGAAAAGGAAGAAAGAGGAGAGGGAGCUGCAAGAAAGGAGAGAGCAGAGGAGGAAGGAGAGGAGGGAGAAGCAGCUGGAGAAAGAAGCCCAGUCUCAGAGAAUGAAAGAGGAAUCCCAAGAGGAAAAGAAAGAGGGUGAAGCUCAUGAGAAAACGGACGACAGCAGUGGGCAAGACAGAGAAGCGAGUGACAGUAUAGACAAGACAGCACCUCAGCAGACAAGUGAUGACUGUGAUGAAGCUCCUCAUUCACCUGGUCCCGAAACUGAAAACAGUUCAUCAAAACAGGAAAAGCAAGAAGAUGAGGGAGAAAAGGAAGAAGAGAUGGAGCACAGCGUGGAGAGAGAGGGAGACGAUGAGGAAGAGGCUGAGCUUUCAAGGACGUCUUCAACAGUAAAGAAGAAAAAGUCAGGCAAGAAGAAGGGAAAAGGAGCAAAAGAAGAUUCAAAGAAAAAAGAAAAAGCAUCGGAUGUGGAGAAGAAGAAGGAGAAAGGCAAGAAGAGCAAGAAGAAAAAGAAAGGCAACCAAGAGGGAGUUUUAUCGGACAGUGAGGAGGACAGAGGCGAGGCGGUGGCCCAGGAGAAUGCAUCCUCUGUGUGGAGCAGCAAACGUAAGCAGUCCACUGAGCAGGGAGGAUACAGCAGUGAGGCCUCCAGUGAACAGGCAGCCAACAGCAUCCAGAGGAUAAAGAAAGAUUCCUCUCUCAAUGAGCUCCAGCCUCCUCCGUACCAGGACAAGGGCUCGGCGGCCUGCGUGUCCUCUCGUUCCCGUUCAGAGCGAGGGGUCCGGAGGGGCUCGUCCCCGCAACGCUGCGACAGCCCCCGCUGCUCCAGCGAGGCCAGUGUGGACCAGGACACUGAGAGCUACCUCAACAAAGGCUGUGAGGAGGACAUACCCAGUGACAGCACCGCUGUUCUGGGACCAGAGGAUGGCUCUGGCCCUCAGCUCCCCACGGCCUACGAACCAGAGCCCCUCGCCAAAUACGGCACGCUGGACGUCGCCUUUGAGUACGACUCCAGUGAGCAGUGGUUGGCCGUCACGGUCACGGCGGCAACAGACAUCCCUGCCCUCAAACAGACAGGAAACAUCUCGUGGCAGGUCCACCUGGUCCUGCUGCCAACCAAGAAGCAGCGGGCCAAGACGGGCGUACAGAAGGGCCCGUGUCCCGUCUUCACGGAAACAUUCAAGUUUUCCAGAGUAGAACAGGAGGCUCUGGGGGACUACGCUGUUCGCUUCCGUCUGUACAGCAUCAGGAGGAUGAAAAAGGAGAAGGUCCUGGGAGAGAAGGUGUUCUACCUGACUAAGCUCAACCUUCAGGGCAAGAUCGCUCUACCUGUCACCCUGGAACCCGGCUCUGAACUUACAGGUUGUGGCUCUCUGGUGAGCGUGUCUCGCAGCGCAGGUGCUCUGUCCUACCGCUCUACUGAAGACUCGUCCUUGCCGGAGAUCCUCCUGGGUCUCAUCUACAACUCUGCCACGGGACGGUUAUCUGCCGAGGUCAUCCAGGGAAGCCACUUCAAAACCACAGUGUCUGAUAAACCCGUCAAUGGUCUGUUUUGUUGUAUAAAACACUUCGUAGGGGGACAGCUUUAUAUCAUGAGAGACACCUAUGUGAAGCUCACCAUGCUGGACUCCAAGGGGAAGGAGAUGUCCAAGUAUAAGACGGCGGUGUGCCGCGGUCAGCCCAACCCCACCUACAAGGAGACGUUUGUGUUCCAGGUGGCGCUCUUCCAGCUGUCCGAGGUGUCUCUGGUGGUGUCGGUGUUCUGCCGCCGGAGCAGCAUGAGGCCCAGGGAGAGGCUGGGCUGGGUCUCCCUGGGCCUCAACAGCACCGGCGAGGAGCAGCUGGCCCACUGGACAGAGAUGAAGGAGGCGGAGGGACAGCAGGUCUGCCACUGGCACACACUCACCGACACAUAGGACAAAGACUUGUGAAGACUAAACUUAUAUUAACAGCAUUCCCUGGACAUUCAGAGAGUUUUAGGCGGAGCAAGAAGCACCUUGUGGGAUGUGUGGGGUGUGUGUGUGUGCUGCAUACAGGUGUGAGGGCGGGCAUGGGUUCCCCCGUCCUCACUGCCAGAGACUGCAUGAGUACCCUUUAAUCUGCCACUUUCCUCUGAGGCAGACACACUGACUUUAUUGGUAGAGGCGUAAACUCCAGCUCCAGCAGACUGAAGAUGAAUAACAUUAUAAUGACUGAAGUAACCAAGAACAGAAGGAAACUGUUUGGUUUUUUCCAGUGACUCUGACUACAGCAAAAUCUGCAUGUACACUUAACUGUUUACAGGACAAUGUUAAGACACUUCCAAACAUUUUCUGUCUCUGAAACUUGGACCAAAGAGCUCGGUCCAGGACUAGCAGACUCCUCCCUGUUUCUUCUGGGCUUCUCUGGACUUCCGCUGCCACCAGCAUACCAGACAUUUCUCUAUCAAUCAUAGCCAUUGACAAAAGAGAAUGCAAUGAAACUGACUGUUACUAAAAGCCUACAACAUGCUGCAACUAUGCUUACAAACUAUGCUUUGUACAGUUUGUUUACAUGCACAUGACAUUAUGCAAAAUUCAUUCAUUGGUUUCCCCUUUUAUGUUUUUGGAUUCUCAGUCAAAUGGUUUACUAGUUUUUUUGGGGGGGUAUGUGUUACACAAAGGCAGAUCUUUUUUUUUUUUUUUUAUUGUGGGCUUGCAUAACUCGGUACACUAUGCAUCUGACGCCACUUUAAACGAGAGGAAUGAAACUCUGUCUUGUGCUCGCGGAGUCUCUUGGAGAAUUGGUCUCAGCUCUGCAUGCCACUGGUAUCAAAGAGCAGCUUCCUUCCCUGUGUAACACAGAUUGAGCCUGUUUCACCAUUCAGCCUUCUGACAACUCAGCCAUGUUCAUUCAUGUAGAAACACGGUGCUUCCCGCUGAGGAGGAAUAUGCAAAAGCCUGUACAGUCCAAUAAACCUGGCUGUUUCUCUGAGGCAGUGCCGAUGACAGCCUCGGCUGUGUUUUCGCUGUGAAGUGAACUGGAGUGGCAAAACAAAAUUACAAGAAAAAGGUAAAUCAUAUUUUCUCAUUACAAGUGAAUGGACGAUGUAUAAUUGAAUAAAGGUUAAAAUAAAUGAAAAACAUUGUCCAGAACUGUGGGAAAUCUGGUUCUGGUGUCUUUCGUCUGGAGCAAAGCCAACUCUCAUCAGAAUAGAAAAGCUAUGAGUCAGACCCCCCCCCCCCCCCCCC